UCCUCUGUCUCCUCCUCUGUGGCUCUCCUUUUGUGUGUGUUUGUGUCCGUAUGUGAGUCAGCUGCAUCCUUGGCACCUGGGACAUUACCUCCAGUCUCCACAGGGGAAGCUGCGUCGCUGACACUGUUUGUUUAUCGGGGCUUUGAGCCAAAGUCUCUGCGGGUGUGUAAGAGAGGAGAGGGAGGUCAACAUGGGCUCCAGCUCCUCCUCCUAUGCCCCCAAAACCAUUUACCUGGAUGUGGAUGGGAAAGUGCAAAAGGUGGUGUUCAGUCGGCACUGCAGCCCAUGUGACAUCAAGGAGCUCUUGUGUUCCUCGUCUAACAUUCCCAGGAACACUGCUAUUAUGAUGGUGGACCCAGAGGGAGCCAUGGUCUCCAUAGAUCCCACCAUGCCCACCAACUCACCAAACUGUCUGUACAAAGUCGUCCCUCUGUCUUCUGGUCAGCUUGGAGAGAAGGAGGACAUGUUUCAGAACGUGUUGUCCCAGGUGGCUGAUCAGUUCAGCAGAGCCUUUCGCAUCAACGAAUUGAAGACUGAGGUCACCAACAGGCUAGCAAUGCUGGAGAAGAGAGUGGAACUGGAGGGCUUGAAGGUGGUGGAGAUUGAGAAGUGUAAAAAUGAUCUGAAGAAGCUACGAGAUGAGAUGACUUCAAGGGGUGGCAGCAGAGUGAACUGUCCAUGCAAAUACAACUUCUCAGACGAUGGGAAGAAAGUCACUCCUAGACGAGAUGUCCCCAAUUACCCGAAGUACACACUGUCUCAGGAGACCAUUGAGGCGCUCAAGAAGCCAACGUUUGAUGUCUGGCACUGGGAACAUAACGAGAUGCUAAGUUGUUUGGAGUAUAUGUACCAUGACUUGGGACUGGUGAAGGAAUUCAACAUGAACCCGAUCACACUCAAACGCUGGCUGUUGGCAAUUCAGGAGAACUACCGUAACAACCCUUUCCACAACUUUCGCCACUGCUUCUGCGUUAGUCAGAUGAUGUAUGGCAUGAUUCACCUCUGCAACCUACAGGAGAAGCUGACUCUCACAGACAUGGGGAUUCUAAUGACAGCUGCAGUGUGUCAUGACCUGGACCACCCUGGCUACAACAAAACGUACCAAAUCAAUGCCCGCACAGAGCUGGCAGUGCGCUACAACGACAUAUCUCCACUAGAGAACCAUCACUGUGCCGUGGCCUUCCAGAUCCUUUCUCUUCCUGAGUGCAAUAUCUUUGCAAAUGUGGAUCCUGAGGCCUUCAAACAGAUCCGACAGGCAAUCAUCACCCUCAUCCUGGCCACCGACAUGGCCAGACAUGGGGAGAUACUAGACUCCUUCAAGCAAAAAGUGGAUAACUUUGACUUCACCAAUGAGGAGCAUGUGACAUGUCUGAAGAUGGUUUUGAUCAAGUGCUGUGACAUUUCCAACGAAGUGAGGCCCACUGAGGUGGCUGAGCCAUGGGUGGACUGCCUAUUGGAGGAGUAUUUCAUGCAGAGUGACAGGGAGAAGUCAGAGGGUCUCCCUGUGGCUCCCUUCAUGGACAGAGAUAAAGUCACCAAACCCACUGCUCAGAUUGGAUUCAUCAAGUUUGUCCUCAUCCCGAUGUUUGAGACUGUCAUGAAGCUUUUCCCUCAGAUUGAGGAGAUCAUGGUUCAACCUUUGAGAGACUCUCGAGACCACUAUGAGGAGCUGAAACAGAUUGACGAUGCCAUGACAGAGGCACAGAAGAAAAAAACUGAAAAUAUGUCAUUAGGCGGGAAGAAGAAGUAAGCUCUGCAGUGAGCGAGCGCAGUGGUAUCUGUGGGUCUUCGUUUGUGAUCAAACUCAGGAAAGACUUUAAAACAUCUGAGUGAGGCCUCGGCGAAGACGUUCUGAGCUGUGUUGUGAAGAUGCCAGAUGGAUCAAGAUAAGAAGGGAGAGAAAAGAGACUGCUUGGCUGCAUGCUGAACUAAACUUAGGCAUCAAGAUGGCACAUCUUGAACUUUGACUUAGACUUUUGCACUGGAUGUAACAGAGGGGGAGCUGCUGACCCCUGUGUAUAUGUAUGGUGUUUAUGUUGUUCACUCUACGCUUUUUUUAAAAUUUCAUAGUGCCUCAAGAGUUUGAAGAUCCGGUUUCUCCAAGAGCGAUUCUAUUUUAAGACUGAUUACCAUGCAUUUAAAGAAUAUACAACAGCUGCAAAAUAGGCCUCAUGGAAAAACAUUUCCACAACUGUAACUGAUCAUAUAUGUGGUCCUAAUUUUUCAAAUAGAGGAAUGAAAUUAACCAGAGUGGGAUGUUUUCACCUCACUGUAGCAAUACAUGUUUGAUUGAUAUGGUGCACUGAGUGUUUUUCCAAAGAAUAAUGCAGCUUCGCACCUUUUUUGUUCACACACACUGAGCAGUUCAUUAAACCAUCACAAGUCUUUGUGUAUUCUCUUACCUUCCAAACCUUUUCAAUAAAAUAAAGCCACACAGGAGCACA